UCCCUGGUGUCAGUCAGGAGACUGUAUUUCAGAGGAAUAAUUUGAACCAAAGUGAUUGUGUACUACAGUGAGGUUUUCGUCAUGGAUGGAAACUCUGCUCAGCAGCCUCUUCUGUUGCCUCCGAGUGUGGGGCCUAGUUAUGUCAAGAGGAAGACAUCUCUUUUCACCUCUCUGGCCAAAUUCAUACUCAAAGUUGUAAUGUGGGUAGCUUUUAUUUCAUGGGUUGGUAUUGCAUUUCUGUUGCCAGGAGAGUUUUCAACUCAUAUUGUGACAGUAUUGUUCAAUGCAACUGGUGGAACUGUUUUUGGGUUUACAGGAAGCUUCUUCUUGCUGUUCACUGCUCCUAUUCUGCUAAUUUCAAUCCUUGCCUUUGCUUAUAUUAUCAUCUCUGGAGAAGAGGAGCUUCCCAAGAAGAAGACCUCUGGUCAUCCUAGUUUCCGGUUGUGGACCUUCCCUGUGAUUGUGGAUGGACCUUUUGGGGUCGUUUCUGCUGCUGAGUUUAUUGGAAUUCUUCUCUUUGGUGUGUAUGUUAUCUGGGCUGUCUAUUCUUAUAUCUUGAAAGCCUUCAACUCAAUUCCUGACCAGUUAAGCUUUAAAGUGCAAAGUUCUUUGUUCUUGGAAUCUAUGGGACUUCAUCUUGGUUCGAUUGGGAUAUUUUGCUUGGCAUUUCUGUUCCUGCCAGUUUCAAGGGGAUCAGUUCUUCUUCGCCUUAUUGAUAUCCCAUUUGAACAUGCUACAAGAUACCAUGUAUGGCUGGGACAUCUCACAAUGGUGUUGUUUACUAUCCAUGGCUUACUUUAUGUAUUUGCAUGGACAAUUGAGGGUCGUCUCAUAGAACAGAUAUUGGAGUGGAAAAAUAUUGGUAUAGCCAACCUUCCAGGAGUUAUAAGUCUUUUAGCUGGUUUGCUGAUGUGGGUGACCUCACUUCCUCCAGUGAGGAAGCUGAAUUUCGAACUGUUCUUCUACACUCACCAACUAUAUGUUGUCUUUGUUAUCUUCUUAGCUUUACAUGUUGGAGAUUUUGUUUUCUUUAUCUCUGCUGGAGGGAUAUAUCUUUUCAUGCUUGAUCGGUUUUUGAGGUUCUGCCAAUCACGAAAAAUCGUGGAAAUAAUUUCUACCAAGUGUCUUCCCUGUGGGACUGUGGAAUUGGUCAUUUCAAAACCAGCAAAUUUGCGCUACAAUGCCCUCAGUUUUGUUUUUCUUCAACUACGGGAGUUAUCAUGGCUGCAGUGGCAUCCUUUCAGUGUUUCAUCAAGUCCUUUGGAUGGAAAACAUCAUAUGGCUGUUCUGAUAAAGGUUCUUGGUGAGUGGACAGCAAAGCUUAGAGGAAAUAUCUUGAAUGCCUCUGCCUCUGAGGCUGUGCCAGAAGAAGAGCUACCUUUAAAGCCCAAUACCAAGCUCACAGCAUCUGUUGAGGGGCCUUAUGGGCAUGAGUGUCCAUACCACUUGAUGUAUGAAAACCUUGUUUUAGUAGCUGGUGGCAUUGGGAUUUCACCAUUCCUUGCCAUCUUGAGUGACAUCCUCCACCGCGUUAGAGAAGGGAAACCUUGUCUUCCGCGAAAUGUCAUGAUAAUUUGGGCUGUGAAAAACUCAACUGAGAUUCCUCUGCUUUCUACUGUUGACAUGGAGUCAAUAUGCCCAUCUUUUUCUGACAAAGUAAAGGUUGAGACUCAUAUUUAUGUGACUCGAGAAUCAGAACCUCCAUUGGAAGAGGGUAAUGUUCAAAGCACUGUGACCACUUCUGCUUUCCCAGUGUCCAAUGGUCAUGCCAUGUCUGGUUUGGUGGGUACAGGACACAAGGUGUGGUCUGGACUAUACCUUGUUUCAUCAACAAUAGGGUUUAUAAUCUUGAUGGUUUGGUUGCAAAUCUUUUACAUAAAUCCUUAUGGAAUAUCUACAUGGUGGUACAAAGGACUUCUUAUCAUGGCCUGCAUGGCUUUAAGUAUCCUAAUCUUUGGCGGUUCUGUGAUUGGUUUGUGGCGUUUGUGGGAAACAAGAAUUUUGGAAAAGGAGGGAUAUGGUGAUGGUGUUAUUAAGUUUGAUAAAAAACAACAUAAUGAAAACACAACUCUGAAGGAAUCAUCCGUUAAAAGUCCUACAAAAUCAACUCUUCUCAAGUAUGGCACAAGACCUGACUUCGAAGAAAUUUUUGCAUACAUAUCCAAAUGCUGGGGCCAUGUUGAUGCUGGUGUUAUUGUGUGUGGUCCUCCAACACUUCAAGCAAGUGUUGCUAAAGAAAUCAGGUCACACAACAUAUUUAAGAGAGAAAAGGAUCAUCCAAUCUUCCACUUCAACAGUCAUAGUUUUGAUCUCUAGUCUUCCACUUCAAAGUGUCUCUCUACAUAUUACCUUUAAACGUAACCCAAAGUCCAACUGGGGGACAUAUAAAUAUGUGUCCAUGUACAAGGUAUAGAUUUGUCAAUAUCAAGUUUGUAUAUAUGUAUCUAUCUGUAUAUUGAUGAUAUUGUCAUACAAAGUGUAUUAUAUACACUCAUCUAAAUGUUGCGCCUGGAUAUAUAUAUAUAUAUAUAUGUGUGUGUGUGUAAACAAAAGAGUAGAAAUACAUAUGGUACUCUAUUUUAAUAA